GCCAACUUUUGUUGUGGAUUUGGUUGCCAUGGAAUCUGUGUGUAAACAACGCAACUGCAUUUAGGAAUUUUUUACCAACUAUGCAGGAUUAACCGAAUCGGCUUGUGCAAUAAUGAGGGGCGUUCUCAAAUGGCUGGAACGCAUCGAGUUUCCCAAUAGCAAAGAAAACGAGAUCAGUGUCCACAAUGUUUGCUACGCCCCCGAUGGCAGCCAAUUGGUGGUGGCGGCUGGGGAUCGACUCCUCAUCUACGAUCCCAACGAUGGAUCCUUGCUAAACACACUGAAAGCCCACAAGGACACCGUGAACUGUGUGGCUUACUCCAAGGAUGGCAAGAGGUUCGCCAGCGGAGCCUCUGACAAAAUGGUCAUCGUAUGGUCACCACAGCUGGAGGGACUUCUGAAGUAUUCGCACGGUGACUCUAUUCAGUGCAUGAGCUUCAAUCCCGUCUCGCACCACCUGGCCUCCUGCUCCUUGUCGGACUUUGCCUUCUGGUCGGCGGAUCAGAAGGCGGUACAGAAGUACAAAAUUUCCGCCCGCGUGAAUGGCUGCUCCUGGACAAACGACGGGCAGUACUUGAUCCUGGGCCUGGCCAAUGGAAUCAUAUCAAUUAGGAACAAGUUGGGCGAGGAGAAGGGACGCAUCGAUCGGCCUGGUGGUCCUAACAGCAAUGUCUUUAGUGUCCAGUGCUGUCCGGCAAGUGGACCGGGCAGUGUAGACACAAUUGGCGUGGUAGACUGGAGUCAAACACUGUCAUUUCACACCUUGAGUGGCCAGAUGAUUGGCAAGGAGCGAACCCUGGGAUUUGAUCCUUUGUGCCUGCAGUACUUUCCCAAUGGGGAGUUUUGUUUGGUUGGCGGAUGCACCGGAGGACUGCACUUCUUUACGAGGGAGGGCAUCCGGUUGGGCACGCUGGGCGAUAGCUUCGACACAUGGAUCUGGACAGUGGCCUUGCAUCCGAACGGUCAGUCCUACACCAUUGGUUGCCAGGAUGGCACCCUGGCCUGUUUUAACAUUGCUUCGAGCACCGUGCACGCUCUUUAUCGGGAACGAUAUGCCUUUCGGGAGAACAUGUGCGACGUGAUCAUUCAGCACCUGAUAUCUGGCCAAAAGGUGCGCAUUAAGUGUCGGGAUUUGGUGCAGAAAAUAGCCAUAUAUCGCAAUCGACUGGCGGUACAAUUGCCGGAACGUGUGGUUCUCUACGAGCUGAGCUCUGGAGAGGAUCAGCCCAUGCACUACAAGGUGCGCGAGAAGAUCCAGCAGAAGUUCGACUGCAGCCUACUGGUCGUCUGUGGCCGCCACAUCGUUCUAUGCCAGGAGAAGCGACUCCAGUGUCUGGAUUUUAUGGGUGUCCUGCAGCGAGAGUGGAUAAUGGACUCGUUUAUACGAUACAUCAAGGUCACCGGCGGUCCUGUGGGAAGAGAAGGACUGAUGGUGGGUCUGAAGAACGGCCAGGUGUUCAGAAUCUUUCUCAACAACUCGCUGCCCCUACUCAUAACCACUGCUGUAUCUGCUGUUCGUUGCUUGGAUAUCAAUUCAAAGCGCAGCAAGAUCGCCGUUGUGGAUGAUGUGGGUCGUCUGGUGGUGCGGGACAUAAUCAACGAUACGAUUUUGUACCAGGAUACGGGUGUGAACAGCGUCACCUGGAACACACAUUUGGAUUCGAUGCUUUGCUACACCCAUACCACGGGCGGAUUAAGUGUUCGAGUUGGAAACCUGCCGCCAAGGGCACCGCAGAACAUGCAUGGAGUGGUGGUGGGACUUUGUGGCGCCACCGCCUUCUGUCUGCGCGGUAACAUUAUGCACAAUACGCCCUUGGCUCUUGGCUCUACCAUGUGGCAGUUCAUUGAAGCUGGAUUGUUUGAGGAAGCUUACCAGGUUGCCUGUCUAGGUGUGACCACCAGCGACUGGGAGGGAUUAGCCCAAUCCGCUUUGGAGGCACUGCACAUUAAUAUCGCCCGUGAUGCCUACGUCAAAGUGAGGAACCUUCCCUGGCUUAAACUGAUCGGUGAACUGAGAGAUCAGCAGCAACGAUCGGCUGUCCCCAAGGAGGUGCUUCUGGCAGAGAACUGCGCCUUUGCCGGAAAGUUCAAGGAGGCAGCUCGUCUAUUUCUGAAAUGUGGACAGUCAUCGAGAGCCCUGGAAAUGUACACAGAUCUGCGAAUGUUCGAUCUGGCCCAGGAAUAUAUCAAGGACGGCACUGCGCAGGAGAAGAAGGAACUGGUACGCAAGCGGGCAGAGUGGGCCUACUCGGUCAAGGAGCCACGAGCUGCGGCCGAGCUUUUGCUCUCAGCUGGAGAAAACCAGAAGGCCAUUGAUAUUGUGGCCGAGCAAGGAUGGGCCGAUGUGCUAUUUGAUAUCGGACGUCGACUCAGCCUGACUGAACGCGAUGCUCUGGAAUCGGUGGCCCAAAAUCUAAAAACCCUUAAGGCCCUUCCCCUGGCUGCUGAGAUUUUCAAGAAACUGGGUGAUGAGGCCCAAGUGGUGCAGCUGCACAUAGAGGUUCGCGACUGGCCGGAGGCUUUUCGCCUGGCGGAAUCCUUGCCAGACCUGCUGCCCACAGUGCAUUACCAGCAUGGACAAUGGCUCGCAGAAACAGAUCAGUUUAUAGAGGCCCAUCAGGCUUACUUAAAGGCUGGACGUACCAUGGAAGCCAAUCGAUUGCUAAAGCAACUUAGCAACACGGCCAUCGCAGAGGAGCGCUAUUUGGAUGCCAGCUAUUUCUAUUGGCUACUGGCUAAGCAAUGUUUAGAUGUUUAUCAUGCCAAGAAUGAACAAAAUCCUAUCGAUCAUCACCUGACAGAGUACAAAAAUCAUUUACGUAUUGCCAAGGUCUAUUAUGCCUACAGCGUCAUAUAUUCCUAUAUGAAAGAACCUUUUACCACACAUUCCCCAGUGAGUCUUUUUAAUGUGAGCCGUUUUAUACUCAACGAAGUGGAGCAGAAGGGAGUCCCCAAAGGUGUUAGCAUGUUUUCGGUUCUUUUUACCCUGGCCAAGCAAGCAAAGUUUUUGCAGGCCAAUAAACUGUGUCUGCUUAUUAACAAGAGAUUGCAGUCCCUAAAGCCACCAGCGGGAGUCCAAGAGCAGAUUGAUCUCAAUUUCCUGAACAGCAAGGCAUGCAAGAGCGGCUUUAAUGAUCCCGAGGAGCUUUUGCCACUUUGCUACAAGUGCUCAAAUUACAGUCAACACUUAAACAACAAUUGUUGUCCCACCUGCCGGCAGGAUUACAUUUUCUCAUUCGUUUCCUUUGAAAUUCUACCCUUAGUACAAUUUUAUCCUGAAGUCGAUAUUUCUGAUGCGGAAGCCGAGCGUUUGCUGUUGGCUCCCGCAAAGCAUGCCGAGGAUUCGGAUCCCUUUAACGAGGAUGUGGCCAGUGCCUUGCCUUUGAGUCUGGAUCGCAAUGGCCUGCGUGCCAUAGAUCCCAAUCACGUGCUGAUUCUUAAACGGAGGGGAAAGAAUGUACGGAACGUCUACUAUCGCAAUAUAUUGCCCGAUCUACAGGUUACCUAUUGUCCGCAAUGUCUGCUGCUAUUCUAUUCUGAGGACUUUGAGCUGCAAGUCCUGCAGAAGGGCUACUGUCCUUUUUGCCACACGUCCUCGGAAAAGUUGUUAGAAGACUUUUAAAAUGGACUUUCUUAGUGUGUAAUACAAUAUAAUUUCCGUCCAG